GCGGCCACUAUUGUUGAUGAGGCGGCCGGAGCGGUCGCAUCGGCCGGAGCGGCGUUCCGCUCGUGUGUGAGGAGAGCUAUAUUGCUGAGGGGGGGCCUGGCUGACCGACCGACCGACCGACCGACUGACUGACUGACUGGCGGCUCCUCUUCCCCCUCCCCUCCCCCCUCCCAACGGCCGUUCUCCUCAGCGCCGUUUACCUCAGAGCCGGCCGAAGGAUGGCUUCUCACCCGCCGCGCGUGAGGCGAAGCGGCUCGCCGACCCCGGCCACCUCCCUGGCGGCGGCGGCGGCGGGGGGAGCCUCGGCUGUGUCGGCGGCAGCAGGCGGGGCCGCCAGCGCCAACAGCAGCCGCCUGCAGCCCAUGCGGGCGACGGUGCCUUUCCAGCUCAAGCAGCACGGCAGCCCCACGAGGGGCGGCGGCGGCGGCGGCAUUUCACGCGCGGCGACGACGACGACAUCCCCUCAGCCGCCGCCGCCUUCUUCUUCUUCGCCGCCGCCGCCGCUUCCUUCCUCGCGCACCGCCAGUCCGACGCGCCCGGCGCCCGGUAACGGCAGCGGCGCGCGCAGCGGCGGCGGCGGCGGCAGCCCUGCCGUGGCCACGCAGACCCCCGUCGCCGCCGCCGCCCUCCCUCCUCCUCCCCCGCCGCCGCCUUCCACGCGCGGCAGCCCCACGCGCGGGGCCGGGCCUCGCGGGAGCCCCCCUCGGCUGCACCAGCUGCCGCCGCCGCCGCCCCCCGCGCCGCCAUUGCCGGGCUCCAGCCCUUCGCCUUGCUCCUCCCCGGUCUCGCCGCCUGUGCCCGAGAGCAGCGCUUGCUCCGCCGCCGCCGCCGCCGUGGUUUCUUCCUCGUCCUCCGGGGGAAGGAUCCGGCACCGGCAGAGGAGGCGGUCGCCCGAGCAAAGCAGGGCCUCUCCGGAAAGGAAGAGCCCGAGCUCGCCUGUUUGCAGAGUUGAUAAGCCACGGCCACCUUCAUCAAGCCCUUCCAGUAUUGCUCGACGUACCCCUUCACUAGACCUACUCGCUGCUCCAUAUCUUGCUGGACAAUGGCCUCGUGAUAAUCACGGUCAAGCUGCACCGUGCAUGAGGGACAAAGCCACACAGACUGAAAGUGCUUGGGCUGAAGAAUACUUGGAAAAGAAGAAAGGCUCUCAUAAGCGAUCGGCAUCUUGGGGUAGCACAGAUCAACUUAAAGAGAUAGCCAAGCUACGCCAGCAGCUGCAAAGAAGUAAACACAGCAGUAGGCAUCAUCGGGACAAAGAAAGACAAUCUCCAUUCCAUGGAAAUCAUGCAGCCAUUAACCAAUGUCAGCCACCUGUCCCAAAGAGUGUGCUAGUUCCUGUGAUACCAAUUGCCAAGUCCACAGGAUCACGCUUCCGUAACAGCAUAGAGGGGCUAAACCAGGAGAUCGAAAUAAUUAUAAAGGAGACAGGAGAGAAAGAGGAACAACUUAUUCCACAAGAUAUUCCAGAUGGGCACCGAGCCCCUCCACCUUUGGUGCAGCGCAGUAGCAGUACCCGCAGCAUUGACACGCAGACUCCUGGCGGGGCAGAGAAGGGCAGCAACAACAGCAGCAGAUCCCAGUCCGUGUCCCCAAGCUCAUUCCUGGCCAUUUCCAAUGAGGGCAGUGAGGAGAGCCCAUGCUCUGCUGAUGACCUACUUGCAGACCCCAGAGAUAAAGAGAAUGGAAACAAUUCUCCUCUGCCCAAAUAUGCCACCUCGCCCAAACCCAACAACAGCUAUAUGUUCAAGCGCGAACCUCCGGAGGGCUGUGAGAAGGUGAAAGUCUUUGAGGAGAGCUUGCCAAAGCCCUUGCAUGAAAUUCCGGCCUUUUACUGUCCUGACAAAAAUAAAGUAAACUUCAUUCCUAAAAGUGGCUCUGCUUUCUGCCUGGUCAGUAUCCUGAAGCCGCUUCUUCCCACACAAGAGCUUACACUCAAAGGUGCUACUCAUAAUCUGACCGUCACGCCUGGUAUGACACCUGCAUUGCUGCAGCCUAUUGCCAUGGCCUCCAUCUCUGCAAGUGCAGUCCAAGAGCGGCUCCCUGGUGGAACAAACAAAAUUAUACCGCAGAUGUCGGUGCUGCAGCAGUCGAGACAUGGUGAAGAAACGGAAGGAUAAACUUGGUUUUGUUAACUUUUAAGAGAACUUUAUUGAAGCUAGUUGUGAUUAUGCCUUCCAAAUCACAUCUGUUUGCAUCAUGAUUGCUGGCAAUUCCAUAAACAGGUCAUACUAGUAUCUUGAUCUCCAUGACCGUGACUGUUAGGCUGGCGUGAGAUCUAGGAAAAGGAGUGGCAGAGAAACUGCUGUACUUGUCGUGGGAAGGCUCAAAUUAAAUCUCCGGCCUGCACUUUUUUUUAAAGCUUUGGUACAAUAAAGGGAGACAGGUCAUAACGCUUUACAAUUUGGGAAGACCAAUUUUUCUGAUGCAUUACCAAUCUUCAGUUUUGAAGAAGGAAACAUUCAAGGCAUACCAGCUGUUCCUUGCAAAAGAUCUGCAAGGGAGAAACAAGCAAAUGGCACUGUAUGAAGUAUUAGUUCAUAUGAAUCUUGAGCUUUUCGAUGCAUAGCAAGAUGAUCCCACUUUUCUUGCUACAUCAUUUCCACUCUUGGGACCAAAGGACUGAAUCUUCUCAGCAUUCUACGAUGUGACCAGCAUUCUGUGAUGUGACCACAUCCUCCUCCCACAUAAGCUUAAUCUCCUUCAGACCAAGAAGAGAAGCAAUAUUGGUACAUUACCUGCAUUGGGGCGGGAGGUCAAGCACUCACAUAGAGGUACCUGUCUGGAAAUUGUGUUUUAGAGCACUUCUGCCAAUAGUGUAAUGACUUGUUCCUAGUGUUGUGUUUCAGAACAAUAUUCCCUUCUCCCUCUCCCCCCAAAAUGCCAACUAACCGUCACAUCAGUGCCUCCUGGGACAUCUUGGUUUGUUGUGUCGCUUUCAGAAUCUAGAAUUGCCUUUUGGCCUAUACCCCAAUCCUAUCAUGUCUUGCCACUACUAUAUAAAAUGUGUAGUCAUAUGAUCUUGAAAUGGCCAUGCAUGGUUCUUCCUGCUUGUCAAAGUACUGUCUUGUGGGUCUCUUGAGGGUAAAGUUUGUCAGGCAUGAUGUUUGUUAAAGCAAUUUAUUUCAGUGGAUAUAGUCUCCUUUUUGACUAGCAAUAUUGUUAGGGUGUUAACCUAAGGAUCGUUUGAUUCUUUAAUAUUGGUCUACAGUUGUGGCCCAUUUCAUUUCUUUUGUGAUCUUUCUAAAAAAUAAUUGUAAUGGUGUAACAAUCAAAAAUGGGAUGGAGUUUCCGUUACUAAAUCUGUUUAUGAAGGGUAAUGAACUAAUCUGGUAACGAAAGGAGAUUUUACCGAGACUCAUUAAACAACUAGAGCUAGAGCAGCUGCUUAAAGGCCACACGUUCAGAUUCCAAAACGCCUCCAAAAUGGCAAAUUAUCCUGGAAGGUAGACUAGUACUUUCAAAGGAGCUAUGAGUACAGAAUGAUUCAAAAUUAAUUGGUGCCAAGCUAUGCAGUUAUAGGAAAGUUAUUAUUUUUAAGGGAGGCUUUCCUGGUAUCUUUAGACUAACGAAAAUAUUGUAGCAUUAGUGUGCCCAUUCAGUUAGUGUGAUUGAAAGGCAUAGCAAUACUGUUACUGCUGUUCAUCUUACUAUGUCUAUUCAUCCCCAGUAACCACUUGUUUGGAGUGGGUCACACCAACAUCCGUUUGUUCUUGCAUUCAUUUUUGCUUGCUUAGUAAUACCAGAUAUACCAGCUCCUACAUUGCUUGGCCUUUUGGUUUCACUCUAUGGCUUUUUUUUGUUUCAGAAACAAAAACACCUCUCCAUACUCAGGGUAUACAUACCUACCUAGUUUGGUAUACAUACCUACCCAGCAAAGUAGGUUCUGGGCUACAAUAUACUUGUUAGUCUUUAAGGUGCUAUAAGACUUUGUUGUUUUUGCUGCAACAGACUAACAAAGCUAUGCUUCUGGAACUAUUUUUAAAGUGUUCCUUCAUCAUUUUUGUACCUUGGUCCCGUAUUGUACUUGCAUAUCUUUGUUUCCGCUGUGUUCUGCUUACAUAUUUUGUAUUAGCACAGCAAGAUGGUCUGAUGGCCCCCCUCCCCCCCCCUCAUCCAAUUCCUUGAUCCUAACUUGCCUGACAUAUCAAGUCUUCGGACUGCUUAUUUUGCAGCAAAAACAUUACCAUUAAGGCAGCUGAGUUCGAGUGUUAAAAUCAGGUUUUUCACUCCUUUUUGAAACAGGUAAGGAUGAAAUGGGAAAACAACGUAGUAUUUUAAAACUAGGUCAAUUGUCAAGCAAUGUGUUUCAUCAACGUAACUUCUGUGAACACACAGCCUUAUUUUAAAUUGAAUGUUGUGGCUUUGUGAAACAUGGGAAGGCAGGCUCCCUCUGUCUUAGAGGACUCUUUGCAUUUAGUUUAAACCCAGUUCCAGUUCUUAAGUUAAACAGCAGCUUAUAAGAGACUACAUGAAGCUUCUCACUCAAUUUUCCCAUUGAGUACCUAAGGGCCAAAUUACAACUUGGAACUGUGUAUAAAACAUAAGCCUUCGAAAUUCAUCAAAACUGAAGUUUCCCAUGUCUUCAGAGCAAAAAGUGAGAAACACACUUCAGGCUGGCCUGCAGGUGAAUAUGAGAAAGCUGACAUUUCAGCUUCCAUUAAGAAAACAGUGUUUAGCCCUUGUAAUAAUUUGAAAUUAUUGAAAAUUCUGAGGAAAUGCAAA